UGUGUGAAGAGUCUACAUAGAUCUCACUGCCAAAAUUAACAGCAACAGUAGUCGUGGCCGAGUGGUUAAGGCGAUGGACUAGAAAUCCAUUGGGGUCUCCCCGCGCAGGUUCGAAUCCUGCCGACUACGAGAUCAGCUUUUGCAGCCGAUACUUGCUUUCCUUUUGGAGAGUUCUCCCCAGCUUUUCCCACAGAUUAUUUAAAGAAUUUAUGACCGCUUGGACUACAACGGGGACCCCAAGGGAGCCAUAAAAGGAGCGCAUGAGGGAGCUACGGUGUCGUGUGAUUGUGGUUACAACCUGGGCCCAGGAGGGGGAGAUGGAACAAAACACGCCAAUCUGGAAAGAAGAAAAGCAAAACGUCACGAGGUCACACAGAAAUGGACAGCUCCGACCUCUGGCCCCGGGAAUAGCCCAGCGCCACCAGAAGUCGCGGACCUACGGCGUCCUUUUGCUCGAGCGCGUUAACCCCAAAGCCUCGCGGACGCCUGGGCCGUCUUGAGACGGUGAACGCAUGCGCGGGCGCGGGCGCGGGCGCGGGCGCGCCCGGCGGGUCCUCGCGUUGCCCCUGGAAACCACCCGGCGCUGCCGCGACGGGAACGGGAGAAAGACGUAACGUUUCAAGAUGGCGAAGGACUUGGACGAGCUCUUGGAUGAGGUCGAGUCCAAAUUUUGCAGACCCGACCCACCGAGACUGGGCAUAGUGCAGCGGCCCAGAGGCUGCGGCGGCGGCAUCCUCAGCAACGACCGGAACCGCGCCGAGGCGAAAGAGAAUCUCAGAUCAGAAACAUUUGAGAAAGAAGAUGAUCUUGACAGUCUUAUUAAUGAAAUAUUUGAAGAACCCAACUUUGACAAAAAACCCUUUAAAUUAAAAUCUAAAUCUUCAGGUAACACAUCUGUCAAAGCUUCCAUUCAAGGCCUUGGUAAAAGUUGCAGCCCAGUGUACCUCGGUGGAAGCACUGCUCCGUGUGGAAUUGGAACAAGUACUUCACAGAGAGCAUGUGAUCAUCUGCGCUGUACAGCAUGUGAUUUCUGGGUGGUGAGCUACGACGACUACAUGUGGGAUAAAUCCUGCGAUUAUCUGUUUUUCAGGAACAACAUGCCAGAGUUCCACAAAUUAAGAACAAAGUUGGUAAAGAAGAAAGGAACACGGGCAUAUGCCUGCCAGUGUAGCUGGAGAACUAUUGAAGAUCUGACUGACCUUCAGACUGAUCAUCAGCUUCGUUGGGUUUGUGGUAAACAUUAAGAAUGCAGACUUUUCGUAUUCAGACAAAUGCAUACAAUGAGAGCAGUCUCCAGUAAUCAUCAACGUAUUUAGAUAAAGGUAUGAAGCAUUAUCAUGCCCUUUGGAAAAAGACAGGAAAUUUCAUUUAAUGACUAUAUAGUAUAGAUUUUCAAAGACCUAAUGGACUUGAGAAGAUAAUGUGCUUUAAUAUUUUGGAAUUAUCUCUUUUUGAUAUGUGGGCAUUUCACUUAGUAAGUAAGGUAGCAAGUUAUCCUAAUUCUUUGCUAGCCUGUCUCCUGUUAAAUGGAAGUUUUAUUAUGGAGUUUCAUACAAAUAUAUAGCCAUUCAUUAGCAACUGCAAUAUUAGUCACUGCUAAUACUCUUAGCUAAAUAUUCCUCAUUUACAAUAUUUAAAGGGGAUAAAGCCAACCAGUGCAGAGAGGUCACUGGGAGGUGUAUACAGCAUCUCCUCUGGUCAGAUCUAUUGUUGCCAAAGAUCAGAAUUUAGACAUGGCAGAAACCAUGUGAUCAGUGGCUAACUGAAGGAUUUUGGGGAGCACAGGUUUGUUGUAAAUGAAAACACUGCCUAUGUUGACCUUACAUCAGUAACUCCAAAUGAUAUUAUGUACAAUAAUGAUAAGUAUAUAUUCUAGUUUUAGCUUAUUUCUUCUCCUUAUGUUCAUUUAGAUAUCAAAAGUUAGUUUGCUAGUUUAGUAAAUAUUCAUUUAUAUAUAAAAAAAAUUGGUGUACCUAUAAUCAUAAGGAAAAAUCUUAAUAUGGAUAGAUCAUUAUUGGAUUUUUUCCAAGUAGUUCUCUAGCCUUCAGUGCCUAAAAUUCCAUCAAGUGAACAGCAAGUAAAAUAUUUUCUCAGGCAGCCUAUUGAUUUUCUGGUAGGAUCAGAUUGACAUGUUGAUUGUUAGAUGAGUGCAUGAGAAAAAAAAUAAAGCAUAGUGGACGCAACAGGUAAUCUGUUGUGCUCCUCCUUGACAUCUCUGAGGCUGGAGGAACCCUACAAUAGCAGCACAUUCAGGAAAUCAGUUACCUCAAAAUUAUCAGUUCCCAGCACCAUGGAAAAAUUCUGGGGGCUUUCCAAUCUGCCAUAAGCUCUUUAUUGCUCGUGUCUAAGAUAUAGUUCAAAUGUAUGACACAAGGCAUGCUGAAAGGGAGUAACUGAAGCAAAGCUGUGAUUGCUUAGUCUUAUGCUGAAUCCAUUCCAGUCACACCACUCAAAUAAGAAGAAAGACUGGCCAUUAAAAUCCUUUUCCUAGCCGUGACACAUUUGCUUACCUGUAAAACUGACUGUAGUAAGUCUAGCAUUGCGACAAAACCCAUAGUGAACUCACAGUGGCAGAUGCUUACAUUUUUGUAUUGACAAUGUUUACAGAUUUUAUCUUUGAAUAAAAAUUUUUUUACUCCCUAAAAUUUUACCUCUGUGUAAUUGUAUGAGAAACAAGGGGAUUUGAUUGAGAAACCAUAAGUCACAUGGUGAUGUUUUCUCUUUAUUCAAAUGAGCAAAUUUACUAAAUCAUUAAUUUGAAAAUAUGUUUUUCUCUUUUAUUAUUUCAUUACUACCCUAUAUCUUGGAUACAUUACUCAUGUUUGGCAUUCCGUAACAUAAUUCCCCAGUGUCAGAAAUGUACAUAUGAGUUCACAUUUUUGUUAGCAAUUUACUUUAUAAGCUUUUUAAUAUGUACAAGUUUUAAUCUAAAAUGUAGAAAGAAUAUUAUGUUUAUAUACAAGUGAAUAAAUUAUUACCAGUGGAAAUUUAAGCCAAAAUGCAACUAUUUUAGUAACAAAGCAGAAGAAAAUCAUAGUUUCUGAUGAGCUAUAAUUUUAAAAUGCAAAGUCUAUAAAACUUUCAAGAUGUUUUGCCUAUUUGUUUUUAAUAUUUAUAAUAAUUUUCUACUUUAGCAAUUAUCUAUUUUUUGUCAAGCCAGGUAGCUCCUUUCUUUGAGCUGUAUUAUACUCCCAGACCCUUAUCCUGCCUAGAAAUGAAUAAAUAAUAAAUAGCUUUAUUCUGUAUUUAGUUACUUUUUUAUUUUUAUAGUAAAAUAUUCUUAUGGGGAUUAGUUUGAAAUAAUUUUGGUAAUUUCUUUUAAAAUGUCAACAAAAGAGUUUCAGACCAUCCAGUUGAACAGAGAAUUUAUUUAUUUACAUUGGAGAGGAGAAACAUGCCAUAAGUUUAAGUGUGUGUGUACAUGCAUGUAUAAAAGAGCAUUGGCAUUUUUUUUCCAAAUAUAUAAAGAGUUUUAUUUCACAAGACCAAUUUUCUGUUUCAUUGUCAAUAAUCUCCACAUUUUGACUAUAAGAACUUCUGCUUUAUCAAGUACCAUGGCAACAUCAUCUAAAAUAAUUUGAAGUGAACUGUGAGCAAUAACCUUAGAACACAUGAGAUCAACGAAUGUAGCUCCUUUUUCACCUGUGUAUUCUAUGAUUUUCUUAUGAAUCCAUGUUCUAGUCCAUCAUUCUGUCAAUAGACCAAUCCAGGAGAUAAGCAAAGAGCUUGGGUUUGGCUGUAGGGAUUUUCUCCAUGAGACUCUUAACUGUUUAUGCUUCUCUUCAGUGUUUACAGUGCCUUUGGCAGCGUUUCAUCAUCCUCACAGUAAUCCAGGGGAAUCGGUUUCCUUUUUCAUGGUGUAUCAUCACUGCUUCAUCCUCAGAUUUGCUAAAAACACUGUCUACCGGAAGUUUCUUUCCCUUCACAGAAUGAGGCUGACCAGGACUAUUGGAAGCACCACAUUUAAGACUUAGUGCUGUUUUUGGUCUCUGCUCUUCAGGUUGUUGUUGGUCUGGAGAAUUUUCAUGAGGAAUAAUAAUACCACAGGGAGACUCCUCCCCAAGAGCGUUGGGGGCUGCAUUGCCACUGGCAGAGGACAUGGAUGGGGCAAAGCCGAUGGCCUCAGAGUUGGUUUGAGACAGGCCUUUGCUCUGGCUCUUCCUCUUCCAUGGGUUCCUCUCAUUUUACUUCUUUUUCUUGCUAUUCUUCUUCCUCAUCCUCUGGUUCUGGUUCUUGCUUUACAUGUACUUGUCCGCGUCCUCUCAGCCUCUGUUCCAGCCUCUGUUCCAGCCUCUGGAGCUCUGCAUCUGGAUCCAGAAGUGCUACCUGAUCUCUAGUUCUUCCUUCUCUCUCCUCGGUCCCGUUCAUUGGCUUCCAUUUCCUUUUCCCUGUCGUGCCCCCUUUGCUGAAGA